CACAGUUACCCGAAAGCAGAAGUCCGGGGCAUGGGGCCAGCCACGGGGCUGCUCCGUAGCCUCCUGCUGUUGGCACUAGGAGGUCUGCGGCUCUCCUCCGGCCAGGUGCAGCUGGAGGGCUUGGUGGGUGAGUCUGUGUAUUUCCCCGCCCUGCGCCCCGUGGCUAGAGACAUCGUCCGUGUCCUGUGGUUUUCGGAAAGGCAGGGCACUCACAUCGCAGAGGCCAAACCCCAGGGCCAGGCAUUCAACGUCAAUUUCUUACCCAGCUUCAGCAACCGGCUGGCGAUCCAUGCCGGGAACCUCUCCCUGGAGAUCCGCGAUCUGCGGCUGGAGGACCAGGGGCCGUACCGCGCCGUCGUGGAUAUUGCCUCAGACCCUACCAAGCCCAGGGCGUUCUCCUAUGAGCUGUCAGUGCGAGAACGUGGGCAGGAAGGAGACAGGGGCAAAGGAGGAACCACGGACCCGCCGGGAGGCGGAGAACGGAGGACAUCGCCGAGCCCCCCAGCAGGAGGAGCGCCCGUGACCACAGGCGGGAGGACAACGCUGGCGGGAGGGGAUGGGGGAGGGCAGGAGGGCGGUGGGAGCCAGGGAUCGUGCCACUGCACGCUGAAGGGUUAUGUCAUCGCGGCUGUCUAUGUGCCCCUCUGCGCCGUGGUGGCUAUCGUCCACGUGAAGACGAGGAGCUAACGGAAGAGCCGGGGUCCCUGGGUGACAGAAGAGACAGGGCAGCGGCUGAGGAGGCAGGGUUGCCACCUGUCCGGGGCUAUCGCCUCUUUGUUCAUCCUCUGUCCUCCAGCACCCACUAAACACCCCCUCCAGUACCCCCCAGGUACCGCCUCCAGCACCCCCCAGAUACCCCCUCCCAGUACACACAUACCUCUAGCACCCCCUAAAUACCACCUCCAGGACCCCCCACAUACCACCUCCAGCACCCCCCAGGUACCCCCUCCCAGUACACACACCCCUCCAGCACCUCCUAAAUAUCCCCUCCAGGACCCCCUCAAAUACCCCCUCCAGCACCCCCCAGGUACCUCCUCCCAGUACACACACACCCCUCCAGCUCCCUCUCCCCCCCACCCAGGAGUGCCCUCUGUUGGGAACCUGGCAGCCGCUAACCCUAGGGGCAGGGGGCUUGUUCGGAGAGCCCUGGGCUGCUGUACUGGUGUUUGUACUGCGACAGCUCUAGCUCAUUGUGCCGGAUGCUGCACAGACACAUCAUGGAGAUGGUCCCUGCCCUGAUCAGACAAAGGGUCAUUAUUGCCAUGUACGGGCUACGUAGACAAAGGGCAGGAGGGGAAACUGAGGCACGGGGAGGGGACAGUCACCCAGCCAGUCACUGGAAGUCGGUCUCCUGAGCCCCAGGUGAGUGCUCUGGCCGCUGCAGGCGCUCACUCGGGCCUGUAGUCUAUAGCUACCUCCCAUGGAGCCCACCAGGACCACUCCUUUAUAUCCUUCUGGUCCGAGUCCACCACCAUAUAACAUAAUGGGAUCUAAAUUAGCUGUUACCCCUCACAAAAGGGAUCGUGGAGUCAGUGUGGAUCGUUCUCUGAAAACAUCCACCCGAUGUGCAGCGGCAGCCCAAAAAGCGAACAGAAUGCUGGGAAUAAUUAAGAAAGGGAUAGAUAAGAAGACAGAAAAUCAAUUCAGUUCAAUUCCCUUUCGUUCCCAGGGAAGCAGUGACAUCUGUAGGCCAGAGCGGGAGGAUUCAGGAGUCCUGGAGUUUGCAUAAGCAGCUCCAUGUGCAUCCCUGAGCAAGUCACCUCCCCAAUUUUCUGUGCCUCAGUUUCCCCUGCUGUCAAAUGGAUGCUAUGAUGUGUUUACCUGCCCUCCCAAGGGUGCUGAGCGGCUGGGCCAAUGAGCAUCCAUCAAGCCUGCGUGCUCCUCACAAUAAAAGCCCAGGGA